AAUAAACGUUAUCUGAAUUUAUGUCACCGCGUCCCAGCGUCAUUUCAGACGUUUAAAAUAUUUCUACGUGUUUCCGGUGUCGUGGCGAUCUCUCACACACACACAACAGUUUCACACAUCAUUCAGUAAACCAUCUGAUAAACAGCACAAACAUGAUUUCGUUAACGGACUCACAGAAGAUCGGGAUGGGGCUGACGGGCUUCGGCGUCUUUUUCCUCUUCUUCGGAAUGAUUCUUUUCUUUGAUAAAGCGCUCUUGGCCAUUGGAAAUAUCUUGUUCGUCGCGGGUCUCUCGUUCGUUAUCGGACUGGAACGGACGUUCAGGUUCUUCUUCCAGCGGCAUAAAAUAAAAGCCACCGGUUUCUUUCUGGGAGGUGUUUUAGUGGUGCUCAUCGGAUGGCCGAUUGUAGGCGUCGUUCUCGAAGUCUACGGAUUUUUUCUCCUUUUCCGGGGCUUUUUCCCAGUAGCGGUUGGCUUCAUUAGGAGGGUGCCUGUUCUUGGAUAUUUACUGAAUCUUCCUGGUAUCAGCGGAUUGGUGGAUAAAGUCGGCGAGAGCAACACCAUGGUAUAACGGUCAACACUUUAGUACUUUCUUGUAGUUUUCUAUGAAUGGCUCAUAUUUAUAUUUGUAAUAAUAGUGCUUCUGGUUCGGCGUCUUGCUGGAAAACAUUUCUGAACGACUUUUGAUACUUUACCUGUGAAGACGUUCAGGUGUUUUUUUUUUUCUGGGACUGCUUACCAAACCAAGUCAGGCACUGUUUUUGUUACUGCAUCACACGUCUCCCCCUGCAGGGGGCGACAGGGACCACUAAACCCCUAAAUGACCACAAGAUGGGCAGAUCAAGUGAACCAACCACAACUGAAAGGAAUCACUGGGUUCUGAAUGAAAUAGUUUCUGUUUUGUUUUUUAUCAUGCUUUUACACGCCAACUGUUCUGUUUUGCUCUUUUAUUUGUCAAAAUCUAAUUAGGACAUUUUUCCUCAAGAGCUCCACCUAGAGGAGCGGAGACUGUUUCAUCAUCUCUUCACCAAACCUGUGACAUGUUAUAAAACAUGACUGACUUGUUUAAGAAUUUGUAAAUACUUCAAAUGUGAGACUAAUGUACAUUUUUACGGACCUGUUUAAUAAAUGGAUUAUAUCCUU